GCAAGUGGCCCACGCGUUGGAGCUCCCGCUGAACUGGAGAUUCCAGAGAUUGCACGCGAAGUGGUUCAUUGGGGCAUGGCAAAGGGAUCCCGCCAUGGAUCCUGCUCUGCUUUUGUUGGCCAAGUUGGACUUCAACGCACUGCAGAACAUCUACAAGCGAGAACUUAAUGAACUCUCAAGAUGGUGGACGGAUCUCGGGCUUCCCCAGAAGCUGCCAUUUUUCAGAGACAGACUGACCGAGAACUACUUAUGGACCGUCGGCUGGGCAAUGGAGCCAGAUUGCUGGGCUUUCAGGGAGUUGCAAACAAAGACCAAUUGCUUCAUAACAAUGAUCGAUGACGUUUACGACGUGUAUGGAACGCUCCAUGAGCUAGAACUAUUCACCGAUAUAAUGGAGAGAUGGGAUGUUAACGCAAUUGAUAAGCUCCCAGAGUACAUGAAGAUAUGUUUUCUAGCCGUCUUCAACACGGUAAAUGAUGUAGGCUACGAAGUCAUGAGAGACAAGGGAGUAGACAUAAUACCUUACCUCAAGAGGGCGUGGGCAGAAUUGUGCAAAAUAUACAUGAGGGAAGCCAGAUGGUAUCACGCAGGGCAUACACCGACGCUGGAUGAGUAUUUAGACGGCGCAUGGAUAUCGAUAUCAGGGGCUUUGAUAUUGUCCACAGCUUACUGCAUGGGCAAAGAUCUCACGAAGGAGGACUUGGAUAAGUUCUCCACUUACCCUUCCAUCGUGCAACCCUCCUGUAUGCUUCUCCGACUCCAUGACGAUUUUGGAACCUCGACGGAUGAGCUAGCGAGAGGAGAUGUGCAGAAGGCGGUGCAGUGCUGCAUGCACGAGAGGAAGGUGCCGGAGGCAGUUGCCCGUGAGCAUAUCAAGCAAGUGAUGGAGGCGAAAUGGAGGGAGCUGAACGGGAACAGGGUGGCUACGUCGUCUUUCGAAGAAUAUUUCCAGAAUGUGGCGAUCAAUGUCCCUCGAGCGGCGCAAUUCUUCUAUGGAAAAGGAGAUGGAUAUGCGCAUUCGGAUGGAGAAACCCAGAAACAAGUCAUGUCGUUGUUGAUCGAACCUGUCCAGCUUUGA